UUUAUAUGUGCCGGACUUCUUGGUAAAAAAAGCUUUGUCGUUUUCAUAUUUACCGGCCAUUAUAUAUUUAUAACGUCAAAUUCUAUUUUUAAUAACGCUGAGAUAGUAUGACAUGCCAAAAAUAUAACGCGUGUCUAUAUUAAAUUGUAAUUACAUUAUUUACAGCUCUUUUUGUGAGUGAAGAGGUUACAUUGUGCUCUAACAAGAUAUGACUUUUAAUCAGACCAGCUUGAGCAGGUGUAUUCUUUAAAUUAUAUAUACACAUGUACCAUCAAUUUAAUUUGAAGUAUAAUAUAGCGAAUACGACAAAGUAAACAAUAACAGAAAAAAUAAUGGAUGUAAAUGUUGAUAUCGAAUAUUGUGGUUCAUGUGGAUAUAAAAGACAUUUUUUACAACUGACAAAAGAAAUAAAAAAUAAUGUCAGUAAUGCCAUUGUCAAUGGUAGAGCAGGAAGACGAGCAUCUUUUGAGGUACGAGUCAAUGAUGAACUUGUAUAUUCAAAACUUGAGACACUAACCUUUCCUGACACAGUUGCAACUGUGAAUAUGAUCAAAGACGUAUCAGCAGGUGAACCAGUGAGGAAAAUUAACAAACAUCAUUUAGAAUGUGUAUUAUUAUAAAACAGUUUUAUUAAAAAUCAGGCGGAAUGGCACGAUCUAAGAUGUUGGAGUUGUAAAAAUGUCUCCCUCGGUACUUCUUAGAGGCUCUCGUUCUGUGAUCU